CCUUCUGGAACGUGGCAUUAAGACAGAUAUCAGGUUGGUCGAUGCUGUUCAAGAGCUUCCUCGUGGUGAAAAUGGCCUCACUUCCUUGGGUCUGACAUAAAGAGGAGAGAAACAGCAAAAUAUUCCUUGCUGGGAAUCAGGAUGGGUCCUUGAACUUUGCUGAGCCUGUUUGUUGACGUGACCUGAGCACGCGGCUCCCCAGGUGGGUGGGAGUCUCACACCUCCAACGUGAUGGAUGGAACAACAGUGGUGGAUGAGCUGUUACUUGCCUGAAAAAAAGUGUUUUGGGGGAAAAUUGUCUCCAGUCAUUCUCAUUUUGCUUGUGAUUUUUCCUACAUAUGUUUCUAAUCAUUAAGAAAUUCUGUAGCUUAAAUAAUGCUCUGAAAGUACGGUAACUGUUGGACUACAUUCUGUUGUAACCUUAUUGAAUUUCACUUCUCUGGAAAAAAUAAUGGGAUACUAUAUCUUGAAAAACAAAUGGUAAUUGCAUUUUUAACAGAAUGUUUCUCUUUGUGUUUCAAAACCUUCUGCACACAGUUAGACAUCUAGCCAGGGAAGAAGGUACAAAGCAUAUGGGCCAAUUUCUGUCUCUUGGCUGUUCAAGAUGCCUUAAUAUUCAGGCAGUGAUGUGUGCCUGUCCAUGCAAUAUGGCACAAUUUAUCUGUGUGGUAUCCUUGAGCUCAGGUGAGGUGGUCAAAAGCUGUGUACUGGCAUCAGGGGAGGUAUUUGAGGAGAAAUUGAGGAAAUGUGGGUCUACAUCCUGUUUCCUACUAGAUGUAUAGGUGCACAUCCUCUUAUGAAUUCAAAUUUGCGUUAUUUGAUCUGCAGAAGACCAAAGUUCCAGCAUUCAUGGUGCUGGCCAGAGGAACAGGUUCAUCCUGCAGGUGACCAGGAUCUUACAGAUAAGGAUCUCAUCAACACUGCAGAGACUGGAGUUGUCCAACACCCUCUGCACUGCCCGUGUGCCAUGAUGAUUUGACUUCCUCAGUGCUUUGGGGAUUUGCACAUCACCACGUGCUGAGAACUGGGUUGAUUAAAGCCUGGGACCUGAAAUAGAACCACCAGAGUUUGAUAACAUGCUGGUGUUACUGUCUGCCAAGGUUAGGAGAGCCCUGGUAAUACUGGAAGGCUCUUGCCUAAUUCUUUGUAAAUCUGGCGUGCUAAGAACUUUGUGAGGGGAUGCAUUUGGACAUGUGAAGCUUCAAGGCAAAGGAAUAGACUUGAGGUUUCUGACUGACAAGACACAUGUGAGUACAUGCAGAAUGUGCUCCUCCUGCUAAAAAUAACAUUUCUCCUGUCAACCACGAUGCACCCACCCCCACAACACCACCCAGAAGAACACAUUAACACCUUGGCUUUGCACGUAGCCCGAUUCACAGCAGCCACAAGUGGUAGAGGGAUCUGCACUCUGUGCAUGCUGACAAAUCAUAUGGCACAGCGAGGAACAGAGGAGUGAAACUGGGCUAGCAGAAGUUGACGCCUUAUCAUCACAGUCCCUCUGAGCAUGCUGUAGGCUGACACCUCCACCAACCGAGUCAUCUCCCCGGUGCCAGCAUGAGGAGCACGAGCCUGCUAUCCUGAUUUAGCCUCUGGUGAGCCAGGCUUGGCUUGCCACACCAGGAAGGCUGGAAGAGGUGCGUGGACGCAAAAGGCGCAGGAGCGCCGUGGGUGCGCCGGCAGCAGGAGAAGCACAGCACAUCCAACCACUGCUGCUCACAGCUGUGCCAUGGGCACGGAAAAUGUGCUUUGUACACAAGGCAUGUGAGAUGUUUCUCCCAUUGCUGUUCCCUGUUUGCUGCCUAAUCCCAUCUGGGAGCCUGUAAAUAAUAUUUCAGAGCAAGAAGGAUGGAGUGGAGAUAGCUAUCGCCCCUAAAACCGACUCCUGCUACAGCCAAGGUGCAGGUCUGUCAGAUAGCCUGCUUGUGCUUCUAAGAUAAUGAAAGACAGGGACAGCAAAGCUUUUUAAAAUGGUGGAAGGCUAGAGAAUACCAGAUUUUUUUCCCCAAUUAUUCUUAUGAAAAGCUGCACUUUUUUCCUUAAAAAUUAAAGAUUUCCUUAAAGCUGAAGACACAGCACCCCUGCCCAUGGCAGGAAGUUGGAACCAGAGGAUCUUUAAGUUCUCAUUCAACACAAACCCUCAUAGGAUUCUAUGGCAGUAAAAACUGACCAUCCUUCAGAAUUUUUCAUGUUAAAUUCCCAUUCAACCCAAACCAUCACAGGAUUCCAUGACAGUAAAAAUUGACCAUCCUUCAGAAUUUCUCACAUUGUUCUAGACAAAUAAUUUUAAAACUCAUUAUUUACAGUUUCGCUUUAGUAUAAAUUUAGAUUCUUUGUAAAAGAGAAAAAAAAAAAACAAACAAGGAAAGAGAGAGCUGGAACCAAGUUGUAGCUAAAUAUCAGCAGGUGACACAAGAUUGAUUCCAAGUCAUAGAGGUCACUGUCAGUCCACUGCAGCCUUCCCCCAGGACAGUGUGAAGCUUUAUUCAAAGGAGAUUUUCAGAAAACCCAGGAGAUUUAAAUGCAUAAGUUCCAAUCCCAUGGCAAGCACAUGAGCCUAUGUUCUCACUCUUGAAAUUAAGCUCCUUUAACUCUCAUUUGUGUGGCUGGGAGAGCCCUGGGCCCCUGCAGCUCUUCCCUUGUCUGAACCUCCCCUGAUGGCUCCGGCAAAGCCAGGAAGGCUUUGGUGGGCCCUGAAGGCACCCAGCCCUUUGCAGAUGGUGCUUAGCACUUAACAGGAUCAGCCCCUCAGCCCCUUGUGUGGUGUCCAUCACCUCAGAUGCCUCACCAGCCCCGAAACCGCGCGACGCCACCACAUGUGAUCAGCCCCAUAAGCUGCUUUCACCUCACCUCGAAUGUUUGCUGUGCUGAUAAUCCCAGCGGGGUGCCCGUAUAAAGGAGCCCCUUGUUCAGGGCAAAUGGGAGGAAUGCUCUUCCAUAAGAAAAUUAGGGAGUUGGCAGAGGUGUAAAGCUUAAGGUUUGCAAGAUUGCUUUUGCUUGGCCAAAUGUUGUGAGGUUUCAGGGUUGUUUUUGGAGAUCCUGGUGUUUAAAGUUAGUUAUUCAGCAGGUGGUCUGGCAGCAGUUGUAUAUGGAAAAGCAGCUUCCAGUCAGAUAUCAGCAUUUUAGCUUUUUUUGUUUCUUCUCCAGUCGUUGCUUACUCCUGUUUUAGCAAAUGUAACACCAGAAUCAAGUCCUUUCCUGGGAUGAAAACCUGUGAGUUCAUCGGCCAAGAUGGAGCUUCAGUUUUGGCCUGAUUUUGUAUCUUUCUUGAAGAAGCUGAAUGGUCGGAUGCUCUUGGUGGUUCUGGUCACAUCUUUUUUGAUUAUUGACCUAGUGAAAAAGAGACGACCCAGGAAUUUCCCUCCAGGGCCGCAGCUCUUUCCUCUCGUGGGAACCUUUGUGGACUUUAAGCAGCCCCUCCAUCUUGCACUGCAGAAGCUUACGGGUCGGUACGGGAACAUCUUCAGCGUGCAGUUUGGGAGUCUGACAUUCGUGGUGGUCAACGGGUACCAGAUGGUGAGAGAAGCUCUUGUCCACCAGGCUGAAAUAUUUGCUGACCGGCCAAACAUUCCACUCCUCCAAGAAAUAUUUAGAGGCUUCGGGCUCAUAUCUUCCAACGGGCACAUAUGGAGGCAGCAGAGAAAGUUUGCUUUAGCAACACUGAAAAGCCUUGCUGUAAAUUUUGAGGAAAAAGUGCAAGAGGAGAGUCGGUACCUCGUGGAGACAAUUGAAGAGGAGAAAGGACAGCCCUUUGACCCUCAUUACAAAAUCAACAGUGCCGUUUCGAACAUCAUCUGUUCCAUAACUUUUGGGAACCGCUUUGACUACCAUGACAACCGUUUCCAGGAACUGCUGCACUCCCUGGCUGAAACGCUGCUGCUCAUCGGAAGUUUCUGGGGCCAGCUCUAUAAUGCUUUUCCUCUCAUCAUGAGAUGGUUGCCAGGACCUUUCAGGAAAAUCUUCAGGCACUGGGAGAAACUUCAAUAUUUUGUGAAAGGCGUGAUUGCAAAGCACAAGGAGGAUUUGGACCAGUCCGAGGCAGGAGAUUAUAUUGGUUGUUACCUGAAGGAAAUAGAAAAGUUUAAAGGUGACACCAGCUCCCAUUUCCAUGAGGAAAAUCUGCUAUGCUCCACCUUGGACCUGUUCUUAACUGGGACAGAGACAACGGCCACCGCCAUCCGCUGGGCUCUGCUCUACAUGGCUGCAUACCCCCACAUUCAGGAGAAAGUGCAGCAGGAGAUCGACGCCGUGGUCGGGCAGUGCCGGCAGCCCUCGAUGGCCGACAAGGAGGAGAUGCCCUACACCAGCGCCGUGCUGAGCGAGGUGCUGCGCGUGGGCAACGUGGUGCCCCUGGGGGUGCCCCGCAUGGCCACCAGCGACACCACCCUGGCCGGCUUCCACCUGCCCAAAGGCACCACCCUGAUGACCAGCCUGACUUCAAUAAUGUUCGACAAAAACGUGUGGGAGACUCCAGACACCUUUAAUCCUGAACAUUUCCUGGAAAACGGCCAGUACAGGAGGCGGGAGGCUUUUCUGCCCUUCUCUGCAGGCAAGAGGGCUUGUCCCGGGGAGCAGCUCGCCAGGACCGAGCUCUUCAUCUUCUUCGUGGCCCUGCUGCAGAAGUUCACCUUCCAGGCCCCAGCAGCGGCCGCGCUGUCCUUCGCCUUCACGCUCAGCCUCACGCGCUGCCCCAAGCCCUUCCAGCUCUGCGCCCUGCCCCGGCACUGAGCCAGGCCUGGGGCUGCCCACAGCCCCCCAAACUGGGAAAUCCCCUUCUCCUGACCACCCCGGAGAUUUUGGGCUGAAAUGAUAGGCCCUGGAGGUCCAGCACCUGCCAGCAUCUGGGAGGUAGGGGAAGGGCUCAAAGGCCACAGCAAACACAACCCUUGUGGCUCUUCACCUCAUUCCUGCUCCCCGCUACCAGUCUGACAAAAUGCAUGGAUUUAAAAGCCUUAUUACCUCAUUUCCACUGUCAGCA